UUCGCGCUUCUGUUGACAGAUCAAAAAUUGUUUAUUUCCAAACACAAGUGUGACUCCGCGAUUUUCUCGCACAAUUUCUGAAGUUUACGAUACUCAAAAGCAUACCGCGAGAUGCCAAAAGUACGCCGCAGCCGGAAACAACCGCCGGAAGGCUGGGAACUAAUCGAACCAACCCUGGAAGAGCUGGAACAGAAAAUGCGCGAAGCCGAAACGGAACCGCACGAGGGCAAACGCAUCACGGAGUCGCUGUGGCCCAUCUUCAAGAUCCACCACCAAAAGUCGCGCUACAUUUACGAUCUGUUCUACCGGCGGAAAGCAAUCAGCCGGGAACUGUACGAGUACUGCCUGAAGGAGAAGAUCGCCGACGGGAAUCUGAUUGCCAAGUGGAAAAAGUCCGGCUACGAGAACCUGUGCCUGCGGUGCAUCCAGACGCGGGACACCAACUUCGGGACGAAUUGCAUCUGCCGGGUGCCCAAGUCGAAGCUGGAGGAGGGCCGCGUCGUCGAGUGUGUCCACUGCGGGUGCCGGGGCUGUUCCGGUUGAGGCAGGUUGCGGGUGCUCGACCGUGUGGGCGUGUGUUUGACUUGUGCUUUUAUUGUAAUACAAUUAUUUUAGAAUAAAUGUAAUGGAAAAACAAACA